CACGCAUGGGACCUAUUACAAAAAGUUAUGGCCAGUCAUCAGGAAACGGUCAUUUCACAGAUCUCUACUCCCGUGGAGAACGUUACAUCAUUCCCGGGAGGAAGUGCCGAACCAUCAACUGUUCCAGAAUUUGGGACAAUUUAUGUCCAUGUUUCAACAGCCGGGAGGAUUUUCUCCCUUCAUCCCCAGGAUAUACCCACAGUCUUUGCCCCAAACUAACAUCAUCCGGCCGGUUGUCCCGACAAAUCUGAUCGGCGAGAUGGAUAAAGUUGGUUCAUCCCGGUCUAGAAAGAGCCGAUCCCGAAGAUCGCAUACCAAAAUAACGUCGGACGGGGAUGUGCGCUCGGUCCAUAGUAAAGAUGAGGACUGGGACCUUCCCCAGGCACUGAAGAAGUUGAAGGGAAAGGCGAUCCAGCCUGAAGGAUCCAGGAGGUCAGCAUUUCAAAGGCUGGGACACGAUGGCAGAAACCAAAACCGACCGGCCAAAGAACGAUUGGGAGUGGAAACGACCCCGGUAAGUGCCUUUGACCGUCUGGGGAAAGGGGCCGGGCGACCUGGUCGGACCAGGUGCACGGAACCACCCCCUCGCGAUGAGCCCCAGAUUAGCCGGGCGCCUCAGGGAGAAGAGGAAGCGGAAAGCCACCCAAGGCACACGGUCCGCACCCACGUUGAACAACCCAGGAACCGUGUGGGCCGAGUAGAAGCACGUUUGGAGAAAUUGCACCAACGGAGUGGGAGGAUGAUGGGCUUUUCUGGGGACGAAAAGUGUUUGCUUUUCUUCCAAACCCUCCGCGGCCGGGCCGCCGAGUGGUUUCACAACCUCCCGCCCGGUGAAAUUGUUUCUUUUGACGAACUGGCCGAGGUGUUCCAGGAGAAGUUUAAGGAGAAUUGUACCAAGAGGAAAAAGUUUACCUACUUGAGUACGGCCGGGCAGAGGGAACACGAGGAUCUUACCAAGUUCCUUACCCGGUGGAAGGAUGAAGUUGACAAGGUGGAGGAAAUGGAUGACAAAACAGUCAUGUCCCUUCUAUCUGGGCUCCGUUCCGGAAAAUUAUACAAAGAGUUUUGCAGGAGGCCUCCCCAAUCAUACCAAGAGGCCUACAACACGGCUUGGGAUUAUGCUGACGUCGAAGCACAGGUGUCAUCCAAGAGGGAGGCCGAGCAGGGCCAUUCCAAGGGAAGGAUUUCCUUGAAAAAGGAAAUCGAACAGCCCGGCGGGGUAAAAGCAGAAGUCCUACAGGUGAAGCCGGCCAAGGCUGAGAAGAAACCAACGGGAGAGAAGCAAUGGACCGAGAAGUAUUGCUCCUUCCACAAAAUUGACUCCCAUAACACCGUAGAGUGCAAUGGUGUAAAGGGGCUAAUCAAGCAGAUGAUUGAGGCCGGAGAGCUUGAUCCAGAAUAUCUAGCUCAGGUAAAGCAAAAGAAGAACCAAUGGAACCGGCCAGAAGCACAACCGGCCAACCAGAGCAGGAAGAAGAAAGCAGGCGCCACUGCAAACCUCAGAGCGAGUAUUUGGAACAUCUAUGCGAAGAUGCACAGAUGGCGUUCGAAACUCCGAUGCAUAGCUGCUCUGCAUUCAACCCAUCAGAGCUCCUAUUUUCAACCGCGUCGUCUUCUUCACUCAUCUUCCAAUCUCUUUCAGAAGUCCCUUUUUCAUUCCGCACUUUCUUCCAAUUUUAAGCAUGUUUUUUCCUAUGGCUCCAUUUCACAUCCUCUAAUUUCACUACCCGUUCAGUCGUCUCUCUACCCUGCGUCUUUCAUGCAAGUGAGGCAUAUUACUGCAAAACAAAAGAAAAGGAAGUUGAAGAGUAGGAAACCAAUGACUCCAGUCGUAUCUAAAGUCAAGAAAAUAAAAAUCAAGGGCUACUCGUCUUUUAAAGGGAGGUUUAGGGUGAUGAAUGAUGGUCAAAUAAGGCGUUGGAAAGAAGGAAAACGCCAUAAUGCACAUCUAAAGUCUAAGAGUGCUAAACGUAGACUGAGGAAACCAGGUACGGUCCCUGUGGCUUACGCAAAAGUACUGAAGAAGCUCAACUUUCGCGGUUGAAUCGUCUGGACUAUCACUCCAUGCUGCCUUCAGAGUGGGGGUUUGUUUUCUCCCUUGCAGUUAUUGUUCCCAUUUUUAACUGUCUAGGUAAAAAUUGUUCUACCAUGGCAAACCAUUUUUCUUUAUUAGAGCAAUGAUGAAUACAUCUUCUCAGAAAUUGUUCUGGGGUUGCCUUUAGAAUUUUUUGUAUAAUGCCAAACUAUGAUCUGCUGUUAUUUUACAUCAGUUAUCAUUUCUUGCUCUAAAUGCUCGGUCAUAUUACACAAGCAUUUUUUUUCUAUAAUUCUUUUUAAAAAUGCAAUAUGUGACUCCUAACAAAUCUCUUUCUUCAAAACAAAUCUUAACCAUAUUU